CAAUUCUCGUCUUCUCUCUCUCAACUCAACCAACCAACCUUCAAAAACUUUUGUCUCGCAGCUCUAUAUCUUUACUAUACAACAUGGAAAUCCCAGAAAUCAGCAUUAUAGGCGAUUUCGAAGCUGGAAUGAAAUGCCUUCGUCAAAACUCAUCUUUGAUUUCUCGCUUUUUUUCGCUUUCGGGUCUUGAAACAGUGCAUCAACUCCACAGCUUUUGGAAAUGGGGUGCUGUAAUUCUUGCAUUAAUCGCCACUUUCAGUGGCAUAAUCAACAGAAUCAAGCUCUUCAUCACCUGGGUCCGUACAAUUAAGCCGUUAGAUUCAUCGUCAAAGCCUCUUCUGCAAUUGUUCGACGACGAUGAGGAGCUUAGCGAAGAUGAAACAUCGUCAUCGGCUUCGUUGGAAGACGAAGAGUACGAGUCAACUUCGUCGUUUGAUGAUCAAAUACCGGUUGACGAAGACUUUCGUGUGGCGGGUUCAAGUUUUUAUAGUGAAAACCAAUCUCGAAAUGGUAAAUUCAAGCUCCGGAAGCGUCGAAGCUGCGGCGAUGGCUUUUCUUGGUCAGACUUCGGCGCCGGUACAAGUGUUGUAAAGCUUUGGGAUAGUUUAGGGUUAGGUUUAGAAUUUGAAGACUUUGCUGAUGGUGUUGUUUCAAUAUGGGACUUAAAUAAGGACCAAAAAAAAAGUUCAUUUUUGGCCGGGAAUGGGAGUCGUCAGAUUCCGGCGGUGGCGAUGUCGUCACCAGCGGUGGCGUUGUCAGCUGGAUUGGAUAAGAGCAACGCCGUCGUUUUGGGUGCUCAUGACAUGAGGGUGGCGCGUCAGACUCCGGCGAUAUGCGCCGAGUGGAAAACACCGGCGGGCAAGGCGGUGGAGGAUUUGAAUUCCGGCGGUGUCGAAAAGGUUUUCGUCAGAGAUGACGUCAGCGGUUUUAUAACAGUAGUUGACAUGAGAAACGUCAAAAUGCCGCUAGAUAAUGUAACGGAAUCAGACGGAGAGACCUGGAUGGACGCUGACGCCGUUACUUCUGAGGGCGUUGGAGUUCGUUAA